CGAGAUGCAUGCAGGGUCCUCAGUCCCAGUUGAACCAUCAACCGAAAGAUAUCACAAAACAUCCUUCAGUCAUACAAGGUCUCUGGCACUGAAGUGAACUGCAAAUUUAAUCCACUCAGAAAUCCAAAAUGAAGUACAAUUCCAUUUUGGUAGCUUUUCUUGUGUCAGUUUGUAUACACAAGACAAUAGCCCUCAGCAUCUCCGAUGCAUAUGCAAACUCUGGUCGAAAUAUCAACGUUGAUCAAGAACACUUUCUGCCUGAAAAGGACGAAUCUGAACUAGAGCCGGAGUUAGAUCCAGAAUUAGAUCCAGAGUUUGACCAUGAUGCCGAGUAUGGAGAUGAAGAAGGUGACGCUUCCUCGAUAAUCUCAACUCCUAGUCCCACAACAUCAACGACCAUAUCAACCACCAGCACAACAACAGUCAGACCUGGGCCCGUUAAUAAAUCAAAGUGGAACAAUAAACGUAUUUCUAAGCCACACAAGAAGCCCCUCACGAUGACCUCAACCGGUGUAAAGCACCUGGAAAAACAAGUUAUGUCUAAAACGAAAGAGCAUGAAAAGCAAAUUAUCUCGUCUGGUUUAGCACCACCUUCUCCAGUUUAUGAGCCAGGCAACGUACCAACUUCUUCUGAAGAAAAAUCCACUGGGGGCGACGAGAAAAAUAAGGAUUCUGACCGUAAACUAACUGAAUUCAAUGAUGAUGCCUCAGAGAAAGAUAAUUCUCCAACUGGCUGGCCCCAAGAUGGCAAGUUAACAAAAGAAGAAGCUCUAAGCGUCAAUAGGAUUGGUCAAGCUGCUGCAAGCGGGCCUUUUGGCAACAAUCGUCCCUCGUUUAAUCCAUCCGGUCUUAGCAAUCAGCUUCCAUGGGGGAUUGCUAAUUUCAAGCUUGCAGGGGCAAAUGAUAACAAUAACUAUGAUGGAUUUCCUUCUCUGGCAGCAAAAAUGGCAGCUUAUCCACAUCUUGUCGAACAUUCAGAAACAUCUCCCACUCCUGAACAUCAGGAAUCGGACACAAAAUCUGGUUUUGACGGAAGCUCUCCUUUUGGCGAAAAUAAUAAUCAGUCCCCAUACGGAUACCCUCCAUAUGGUUACAACCCAUCAGCUAAUCCUGCAUCAUCAUAUCCACCAUACAACAGGAUGACCUCAUAUCCACCACCCCCAUUUCCUACCACAAGUAGUAGUGGACCAUCAACGUGGGGCGGACCACCAGCAUCGUCUCUUGAGAUGGUGGAAUCCUUACUCAAAAAAUUAGGAAAUACUAAUUCGCCAUGGAGUGGUGGGGCAUCAGCAGGAGGAGGAUACGGAUCUUAUCCUCCUUAUAACAACUAUCCCCCCUCAUCACCACCACCAGAUUAUAAUGCAGCUUAUCCAAGCCAAAAUUCCUACUCAAAUAAUAUGUAUGGAGCAACAAUUAAUUUCCCAUGGGGUGGGGAAAAUUCACAAGCAUGGGGUCAGGAAGAUCCUCAGAGCGCGUACAAAUCUUGGGGUGGAUAUAAUCCACAAAGGACUGGUCCCUUCGGAAAUGGUGGAUCAUUAUCCUCUUACAAUAACGCAUUGGCCAUCCAACAACUCUUGGGGGGAGGAGGAGGUAUGACCGGUGGAAACGUUGAUGGCAAUAAUGCAAGCAACAAUCCUGGCGCAACAGGGUCGGCACCUACAGGAGAAGCCUUUGGAACGAAAAGUGAAUCACCAUCGACUGCAUCUUCACCAACAUUUGGUCCAGGAUAUAAAAAUAUGUACAACAAUAAACAAUCUCACGGAGGAAACUCGGGAUACUAUUUGCCCUCCUUCGGAUCCGGGUUUAAUUCUCGCCAAGGCAUCUACUCAGGACAAGACCCUUCAGCCUAUGAUGGUGGCUUCCCGUCGUAUGGUGGUGACAGUGGUCUGGGCGGUUGGGGAGGAGGAAAAGGAUACAACCCGUAUUUAGAGUACAUAAAGCAGGCCGUAGCAUAUGCCGCUCAGAAUCGACGCAAGUCCAAUCCGUAUGCACAGACGAUGGGAAUGUGGGGUGGUGACAAUUCACGCGGCUACAGUGGUUAUCCUAGCUUAGGUUAUCCUCCAUCCUCCUCUUACCAGCAACCGCAAAUGCCCUGGUGGGCUUCACAGACCAAUUAUGGCAACUAUCGAUGAUAGAUUUAUUCAAUGAUCUCAUUUUCCAUUGGUUGUGGGUAAAAUAUUGUAAGAAUGUUCCCACAUCUUGAUGACUUUUGUUGUUAUUCUGUUAAGGUAUUGUUCAGUCUUUGGGGUACUAAUUUAUUUUUGUAUAUUUAUUUGUAAUGAGGUGAUAGAAACACAAGUAAAUCCAAUCAGUCAAACUCUA